GGCCUUCACCAAGUUUAAAUAAGCCGUACUGUUUUAGGAUAUUUAACUAAUAAGUUUGAGAAUGGCUGUCCUUGCUUCUUGUUGGCUUAUCAUUGAAUCAAUAAUCAUCCCUCGUGAAUAUUUUCUCAGAUGGUUUUAUUUAAGUUUCUAUAUCCACCCUUUUUUCCUCUUGGUUUUCCAAAUUUUUCUGUGUCUCAAAUGGCUGCAGAGAUGCAUUUUAGCUUUGUUCAUUUAUCCUUUCAGAAUCAUUAGCUUUUUGAUGUCGUGCGUUGAUAAAUUUUGUAGAUAUUGUAUCUUCUUUAUCUUCUCUUUUAUCAGAGUUAAAGAGGAUGAUUCCAACGUAGAAGCUGCUGAUAAUUUUAGUCAAAAUCAGCUCGUCAGGUUAAGUGUUUCUUCAAGCGUACCAUCAAUUGAAUUGAGGACUGAAUUGGUUGAACCUCGAAGGGGUACAUUUAACGAUGCUAAUGGCUAUGAAGACUUUAGCUUUCGUCUUCAAGAAGACUUGAGAGAAGACGAGUGUUCAUCAUUCUUCUGCAACUCUUCUCGGUCGAUGGAUGAAUCGUACUUGAACGAAUAUUCUCCGUUGUUUAGUUACUCGAACUCACCGUUGUUUAGCUCAUCGAGCAACUCGCCGUUGAUGAAAGAACGUUUGUUGCCGGCUCGUGGCUCGAGUUCUCGAGUUUCAGUGAGGGAAGUAAUAGCCACAGGAAGAGAUGAAGACGAAUCAGAAGGAUUUUACCAGAAAUAUUCUGAAAGAAUGAGAUGGUUUGAUGUCCUGAACCAUGACAGGACUCAUGGAAUAGGUGCAAUCUUGAACAGGGAAAUUGGGAGUCCAAGUUCAUUGGACAACAUAAAGUUGAAGGAUUUGAGCAUCCCCUACAUAUCAUGGAGCAAAAAUGAUAAGAAGAGGCUUUUAAAGAGUUUAGAGAGUGAUUUUGAGCUAGUUUAUGUGGCUCAAUCUUGCUUGACAUGGGAGGCACUGCAUCAUCAAUACAGGAAAGUCAAGUUCCUGUGCUUCACCAACUGCUUGUUUGCUGAUAAUUUGGCCAAGGAUUUUGAAACCUUCCAAGUAUUGCUGGAAAGAUUCUUGGAUGAAGAGAAGUAUUUGUAUAGGGGAAAGAGAGCUUGGAAUUAUGUUCAAGCAAGACAUGCUUCCAAGACCCUUCUUCAAGUUCCUAAAGUAACAGGGUAUAUGGAGGAAGGACAAGUGGGGGAAGAAGGAGAAACAGUGGGUGCGAAAGAUGUGUUGAAGGCCAUAGAGAAAUGCAUAAAGGCAUUUGGAAAAUUCAUCACCAUUGAGAGGAACAAGGCUUGCUGGAAAUUUAAAAGCUCAUUAGGGUCUUAUCCUUCCAUGGAGAAUCCAAGGGAUCUGCACCUGCUGGCUGACCUAACCACAACACUUAGAAAGAAGGAAGUAUGGUUGAAGGAUUUACAAGGGAAGCAGAGGUGCUGGUUUAACAAAGUGGUGAAGCCUAUGGAGGAGUCCCAGAAAGAGGCAAUGCUAUUUACAAUAAUAGAGAUGAAGCUGAUAUCAAGAGUGUUGCAGAUGUCCAUUGUGCCAUCUUCUCAACUCAAUUGGUGCCAGCAAAAGCUUAACAACAUUCAAUUCCACAGAGGGAGGCUCUUCAGGACUGCCACUGGCCCUCUUUUCCCAUCUUCUUGAUGUAUGUAUGUAUGUAUGUAUGUAUGUAUGUAUAAUCUGGCAAGUGGUUGGU